CAGCAAACAACGAGAAAAACAACGAAGACUCCAUUAAAACCGAAGAAAAGCUCGUUUUUUGACUCGACUGUUCAAGACCGUUGCUACCAUGAAUUUGGUGACCAGUGCUGUGUUACUCUUUGGCGCUGUUUUUCAGCUUCAGGCCGAAAGCGAGAGCCACUCUCUCUAUUACAUAUACACCGCCCUCUCCAAACAUGUCUCUGCACCUGGAAUCCAUGAGUUCACUGCUAUGGGUCUGCUUGAUGACAGAGAGAUUGACUACUACAACAGUCAGGACAAAGUCAAGAUUCCAAGACAACACUGGAUGAGAGAGAGUCUGACAGCUGACUACUGGGAGAAAGGCACUCAGUCACGAAAGAGUAAAGAACAGUGGUUUAAAGUCAAUGUCAAUAUUCUGAUGGAUCGAAUGAAACACAAUCAGUCUGAUGUCCAUGUUCUACAGUGGAGACAUGGCUGUGAGGUUUACAGACUGGCUGAUGGAUCAGUAAGAUUUGUGAGUGGUGUUGACCAGUACAGUUAUGAUGGUAGUGACUUCCUGUCCUUUGAUGAUGCCACUAUGCAGUGGGUGGCCCCAGUUGAUCAGGCUGUUCCCACCAAAAGGAAGUGGGAUGAUGUGCCCAUUCUCAACCAGUACACUAAGGGUUACCUUGAGAAGGAGUGUGUGGACUGGCUCUCCAAGUUCAUGACUUACGGUGAAGAGGACCUCAAGAAACAUUCUCCACCGGAAGUUUUUGCUUUUGCAAGGAGGGCGACCACACCCAACAAACUGACCUUGACCUGUAUGGCCACUGGCUUCUACCCCAAAGAUGUGACCCUGAACAUCAGAAAGAACCGCAUUACACUCUAUGAUAAUGAAAUGAAUUCUACUGGAGUAAGACCAAACAGUGAUGGAACCUACCAGCUGAGGAAGAGUGUGGAGAUCCCUGAGGCUGAAAAAGCAGAUUAUGACUGUUGGGUGUACCACAGGACCCUGAAAGAACCCACAAUUUCUGUGUGGGAUGGAAGGUGUUCUGACUGCCAGACAGAGGCAGCUUUUGGAGGUCUUAUUGGAGGUGUCAUUGGAGCCCUGUUCACGCUUGCUGUGGUUGCAGUGGUCGUGUUUGUCCUUCACAAAAAAGGCUUGAUUCGUUUCCCAAAUGGCCAUGCUCCUGUUAUGCACAACAGCAAUGGAGCCAAUGGGACCAGUAAUGGAGUAGGAAACGGAGUGAAUGGGCACAAUGGCACUCAUGUUGCUUUGCUGGGUAAUGGAGCCAAUGGGACCAGUAAUGGAGUAGGAAACGGGGCACAAUGGCACUCAUGUUGCUUUGCUGGGUAAUGGAGGUCCUGCUUGAGAACUUGGCCGUAGACUGCAGUCAAACCCUUAGUCAUGGAUUACACGAACAGUCUGAUAGGAUUGAUAAACAUUUCAGUUGAAUCAGUUUUUCACAUCUGGGAUCUAAUUCAUGCAAACCAUUCAUGAACCACAAAAGUGAGUACUGAAAUAUUUAGAAAAUUCCCCCAAAAGAUGUGCCAGUGUUUUGAUUGGGGUAAAACAGACACUGUAUCACUUUACCUCGCAGAUUCAGCAAAUUUGAGGGCCUUAACUUCGCUCACUUUGAAAGAAUUUUUUAAAUUACUAUUUACCAGUUAGCACUGCAGUAACUGUCAGUGACCACAUCUUUGAGAACCACUUUGUUCUGAAGAUGUUAAGAAAAUGCAUAACUUCACAUAAAUGCUGACUGAUUGACAGGUCAUUACUGAUUAAAUCCAUUUGUUUUCACAUUGUAUACUCAUCAUAGCUGAGAGUCAAAAGCAUUUCCUAUGUCAGCAAAUUGCUUUUUUUCUUUUUGAAAAGUAUGUUUCAGUUAAUGCUUGGGUGAUUUCAAUUGUCAGUUACAUAAUAGGGUUUAGAAAAGAGUUUUAAGUGUCUAAGAUAACAUUUAAAAAGUCUAUAAACAGAAUAUUAAGCUUGAGAGGGAAUAAUGUUAAAUAUUACUGUAUGCAAUACAUUAUGAAUUUCAUCAAUCUGUUUUUAUCUUUUAUUUAUUUCUUUCGGCUUAUUCUCCUUGAAGCUGAUAAUUUAGUUUUCACUUUUGAGACCUCUUGUCUAAGUGCAUUAUGAAGAGGUCAUUGUGUACAGGGAUUGAGUUUCUUUCUUUAAGUAGUUUCCAACUCUUUUCCUUGAGAACCCAUUUGACAGCACACAUCAAAUUCUGAUCUUGGUGACUCUCUGAAGUAAUCUCACAUUGCCCAGAAUGUUAGAUCUCUGAAAUUUUAAAAUACCAUAAAGCAUCACCAAAUGAAUGAGUGACAGUGUGAAUGAAUGUUAUGUAUGAUGAUUAAUGGACAUGAAAUCAGGUGUUUGAGUUUUUAACCACCACAUAAAUAUUAUAUCAAGUGGAUUUUUGGGUUGGAGUUGGGAAACUUUGUGUUUCUGUCUUUGAAAAUCAGGGUGUUUUCUCACUGUCUCUUUCCUCAGCUGUCAAUCAUCUUUACCUUUUAGAUUUUCUGACCACAUUUAGCACUUUGGUCAUAAUAUGAUGGAUUUUUUUGUUUGUUUGUCUUGUUUUUUGUUUUGUUUUGUUUUGUUUUGUUUUACAUCACCUCCACCACACUCUCGUGCAUAGCUACAUGCAUCACUCAUAAUGACUUAAACUUUCACUGUAAACCAGCAGUUUCUGACUGUUUUUGCCGAUACCUCUUCGAAUGAACUUUGUCAUGUAUUUCAGAUCUAGACAGAGAUGGGAUUAAUGUGAUGAUGUCACUUCUCUUAAAGCAGGUGAAGUGAUCAUACAGGUUUCAUGUAUAUUUCAUGUAGAUUUGAUGCAGUUUUGUCCUGUAUAAAAAAACUACAUGAAAUAUGCCUAUAUCACCAUCACAUACAGCACUUUAUACAGAUUAACAUGUACAUUUCAAAAGUCACUAUUUCAUACCACUGUUGCCAUACCAACUUUUUUUUAUCUUGGUCAGGUUCCAGUUUUCAAAUCCAUAGGUCAGGAGGUUAUUUCAGUGUAUUAUAGUUUAAACCUGUGUUUGUGCUUUUCAGCUUUGUUACAACCAGUAUUGUAUUCUGCAUCAUUAUGGAUUUAAGCAAGCAAAAGACUUCCUGUUACUUAAACAAAAAAGUUAUUCUUAAACCAUUUUUUAUUUCUACUUGUUACACUGUAUUUGUGAAAUAUGUUUUAUUCCUCAAUAAAAUUUGAUCUCCAUA